UGUAUUGUUCAUAGUAUAAAAUGUCUAUGUCAUGUAUAAGAUAGGUAUUUUAGGUAUAGUGACUUGUGAGUCAAGCUUUAUGCCAAUGGGGAACAAGUGUGGCAAUCAUCAUCAUCACAACCACAAUGUGAAGCUGCAAAUGAAGAAGCCACAAGAUGAGGCUACAAUUGAAGAUGCCAUCAAGUUGUAUCAUUAAUUACUUCAAAAUGUAUCCCUAUAAAUACCUCCUUUGAAUGAAAUGAAAGACACACUUGAAUCUCUGUUCUCUCUCUCUCUCUCUCUCUGUUAAAUUUACAUUGUCCUUAAACACGUUAUCAGCACGAGCUCCUAGCCCUUGCUAGCCAUACCGUGCGGUGCCCCUGCGCUCGUUCCUGUGCAGAUCAGUCCGUUUGCACACCCCGAAACAUCUUGAUCGGGACCUCAGAUCAAAAUCCUUCCUUCAUCAAAGUUGUUCGUCUCUGUCUUUUCUAUUGGACCUCCAAAUUUCAGCCUUAUUGGAGUGGUUUUGAGACCUGUACAUCAUUUGAAGUGGGAGUUGUUCAGCAUGCUGGUUCCUGUGCAGAUCAGCCUGCUUGCACGCCCCGAAACAUCUUGAUAGGGAUCUCAGAUCAAAAUCCUUCCUUCAUCAAAGUUGUUCAUCUCUGUCUCUUCUAUCUGACCUCCAAAUUUCAGCCUCAUCGGAGUUGUUUUGGGACCUGAACUAUUCCGUCAAAAAGCAAGCAGCACCUCCUGCCGAGUCCCUACGCAGCAGCUGCCGAGACCCUGCACAGCAGCUGCCGAGACCCUGCACAGCAGCUGCCGAGCCACCUGCCAUUCCGGCAACUUUCCGACACUUUUCCGGCGACUUUUGGGCCACUUUUUCGGUCGUUUCCGACAACACUAUUUCAAGGAUGUCGAAUGAACCUAGACUCGAUUUUCAAAUCCUUGACUCAACUGGUUCGGAUUACCAUAGUUGGAAAACCGACGUUGAAAACCAUCUCACAUCAAAAGGGAUAUUGCCCAUAAUCCAGGCACCAAAUGCAGGCCUUGUGUUCCAACGAACACCCAUAAAACAUGCACAAGCAAUUAUCUUGAUGCGACGCCAUAUGGACAAAGCACUCAGAUUGGAGUAUAUGUCCAUCAAAGAUGCAAGGGACCUAUGGGUAGCGCUAGAAGAGCGCUUUGAUAAUAUCCAAGAUUCCCUCCUCCCUGACUUGAAGGUUCAAUGGAACAAUUUACGCUUCUCCGACUUCAAGUCUGUUGCUGAAUACAAUUCAGAAGCUCUUCGGCUAAGUGCCAUGCUGAAGUUCUGUGAAAAACCUCUCACAGAAGAAGAGCUAAUUGAGAAGACUCUCUCCACCUUCCCCGUCGCAGCAAUUGUACUAUCAAAGCAAUAUCGCACUGAAUAUAAUGCUGGACGACUUACGAAGUUCAAUGAGCUUAUCAAUAUUUUGUCGGUAGAUGAGAAGCACGACAAUAUCCUUGUAAAGAAUUAUAAUUCAAGGCCCGUAGGAACCAAAAGCGUUCGUGAGGCGAAUUAUAAUGCACCCAAGAAAGGGCGCAAGGAGCGGUACCCUACUAAUAAGGGGCAUGUAUACCCUAACAAGGGACAUGAAAGACGCAUGGGUCCAUACAACCGCCCCAAUAAGGAAGGAAACCGCAACUUUGGAGCGGGCACACGUGGUUGCAAAUCCACACGUGGGAGAGGAGAAUAUAACAACACCAUGGGCCGUAACACUGUGGGCCGUGAAGGUCGCAUAAUACGCCGUGGAAGUAGCAGCAACAACCCGCCUAGGGAAUAUCCACAACGUGCACCUCAAAUAAAGAAAGUCAACCACAAUGACGUGUGUCAUAGGUGUGGAUCAAUCGAGCAUUGGUUUAAGCAAUGCCAAGCAAGUACACAACUAGCUGCACGCUACAAGGAGUACAGGGAAAUGAGGGAGCAAGAAGCUCACCUUGCUGAAGAAGAUGAUGGUGAAGAUGUUAUUCUCACCAUAAAAGACUUCAAAGCUGAAAAUGAAGAGCACGAGGAUGCCGCAGACUUUGAUUAAAAUAGUCUUUUCUAUUUUCCAAUAAAACGGCAAAUGUGCCUUAGUCAAAUAACAAUUGUAUUGAC